UUGUAACUGACUUCCUGAAUAUCAAGGGGAUGUUUUCCUCAUUCGGUUUUCCCAUUUUCUAAUUGCCUGUAAUACUGUAUAUCUAUAUUUGUAAACAUACAAUACUGAAAGCACGUUCAAUUCAGGAUGGCUCAAACGAAUAUAAAUGGCUUCCCUAUUUUUGUCAACUACAGCCUACGCGACAAAGGUUAUGUUCGUCGUAUCAUGGAAAUGAUGAAGAGCACUUUGGGAUUAAGGAUGUUUGACCCGGACGUAGAUCUGGUACCAGGAGAGCCAAUUGUCAGAAAUAUCAUUGAGAAUGGACUCGACAAAACAAAGGCCUCGGUACUGUUUGUCAGCAAGAACUUUCUCAGAAGUGGACUUUGUCAGUUUAUCUUAGAUAAUGCACUCUGGAUGUACAUGAUUACAAAAGGAAAAUAUCGAGUCAUUCCAAUCGUUCUCGACAAAUGUAAAAUUCCUCGGUGUAUGAGAGUCUUGAAUUGUAUUUAUUGUUGGAAAUAUCAGCAGAAAAUGCGGAAGGGUGACAUAUCGGUAUGCGAAUGCCUGAUACAGCUGAAAAAUAGAUUUGUGAAGGCACUAAAAGGUCCUCGUCUAACAUUCCGUAGAAUCCAACUGAGAGGUGUUAAACCUUAUAAUGAUAGGAAAAAAAUUCUCCGGCGUCUUCGAAAUAUUAUGAAAAGGGAUCGUAUUCUUGGAGAGAAAAAGGAUUCCAGCCCACUUCUUGGUUUUCUGAGACUUGUAAAUGUUAUCAAACAUUGUAUACUGACUUGCAAAUAUGGAGACUGUUCAUUUUCCUGCAGCGGAGAAAACUUCAGAAAACUUGAAAAGCAUCUUCAAGAGUGUUGGUAUUUACCAAUCCAGUGUCCAAACAGAAAGUGUCCCUUUACAUCCAGAAGAAAUGUCAUGAAGAAGCAUUUAGAGGAAUGUGAAUUUUCUAUCCAAAAAUGUCCUGUUGAAAAUUGUACAAUCAAGAUGCAGCGACAUAAAAUGGCUUCACAUAUACGUUUGUGUCCAAACAGACUGGUUUCUUGUGAAAACGAAUCCUAUGGAUGUACGGCUGUUCUACAUUUCAGAGACCAUAAGAAACAUCUUUCAGUCUGUCCCUGGGCACCUCAACAUUGUGAAAAUUGUGGUGGAAUGUACUUACAAAAAGACCAACAGAGGCACGACUGUCCAUUUGCCAUCAAAGAAUGUCCACACUGUGAAAAAUUAUUUGCAAGGAAGGAUUUGUUCAAACAUCUUCAGCUAUGUUUUUCUGAGUGCAAAAGUUGCAACGAAUGUUUCACGAAAUCAAAGUUAAGGUAUCAUUUAUGUCCCAUAAUCAAAUGCCGAUAUCAGUAUUGUGACUAUAAAGAUACACGGUUAAGGGUUGAAAUUCACAUGCUAAAUUGUCAGUAUAAGCCGGUUGAAUGUAAUCGUUGUAAGAAAUUCUUUCCGUGGAAAUCGUUUAAAAUGCACCAAACAGAAUGUGAGAAAAUUAUUGAAUGCAAGGAAUGCGGAAUCAAAAUUCACAGGGAUUCGCAGCUGACACAUGAUCUUAUGAUGUGUACAGCAAAGAGGAAUCAGUAUUCGUGCAGAUUUUGUGAAAGAUUAAUUAAGGAAGGAGUAAUUAAAAACACGUACCAGUUGGAACAGCAUCAUAAUAUGCACGAUCCUUGGCAAGACAAGAAAAUAUUCAAUAAAGAUUCACCGCUUUUACAAAAUGAAGAAUUGAUUGACAAAGAAUCAGCUGAGGUAAGCUCCUUAGAAAAAGAGACAUCGAAUGACGAAGUGUGUUUGGAAUACCUUUGCCAUGUUUACCAUUGCACUACUGGUGAGAUGGAAAAGGGAGCUAGGGUACCUCUACGACGAAGUGACUCACACUGUAAAGAAAGUCUUGAACGCUUUAGAAAGUUCUUAGAAGCCAUAGAUCAUAACCAAAUAGAUUUAAAGCAGUAUUUCAAAGAGAGACGAAACGGUCGCUGUAAUCUAUCAUGGUCUGAAUUUCCGAAUGCGUAGGUCAAACAACUUAAAAGCAUCUAUAUAUACAUGAAGAAAGUUGGGAAACACCUUUAUAUUUCAUAAAUACUUAAGGUAUUCAAUGUAUAACGACCAUUUUUUGUAACUAAUAAAUGAAUGAUUUAAUCAUGGUAGCACUUUUAAGGUAUUACCAAAUAAAAAUGCUCCACCAAAGGAAUUUUCAAAAUACUGAUUAUUGUCCAAUUAAUUGCACCUUGAAUUUUACCUUGAAGUCAAUGACCAGCGCGCAUAUUUUUAAAGAUAUUGUAAAAAGUUAUUUGAAUUUCAAACAAAUCUCUUGGUGAAAUAUGCAUUAACUUUUUCUUUAUUAAAUUGUGAA